UUCCGUUUCCAAUACAGCAAUCCACUUGUGAGCCACAAUCAAAAGCAUUUCUCCAUCAUGUCCCGUUUUGUCCGUGCUUCCAAAUUCCGUCAUGUAUUCGGUGAGGGCACCAAGAAGGAGAGCUGUUUCGACGGGAUUCCAAUCACCAAAUCCGCACACGAUUCAAUGUUCAUUGACGUGAACGACAAGUUUGUUGCCAUCUGCCUGCAGUCGGGUGGUGGAGCCUUUGCCGUACUUAAGCAUGAUCAAGUUGGGCGUCUGGAUAUGAACCACCCCAAGGUUUCAGGCCACAAGGCACCUGUUCUGGAUGUGCAAUGGAAUCCUUUCAACGCAAACAUGGUGGCUUCUGCUUCCGAAGAUUGCACUGUGAAGGUUUGGCUAAUCCCUGAGGAAGGAAUCACAGAGAAUACAGAUACCCCUGCUGUUACGCUCGAGGGUCAUCAGAAGAAGGUUGGACACGUUAUGUGGCACCCCACCGCUGCCGACAUUCUCUUCUCGUCGUCGGCAGAUAACUCUAUCAAGGUCUGGAACGUAGCCACUGGAGAGUGUGUAAACACUUUCGAAUGCCACCCCAACACUGUAUUUCAGAUGUCAUUCAAUUGGGAUGGAAGCAGGAUGGUCACCACUUGCAAGGACAAGAAGGUACGAAUCAUCGAUACCCACUCUGGAGAGGUCCUACACGAGGCUGACGGCCACCCUGGAGCCAAGGCGUCGCGGUGCGCCUGGUUGGGUAAGGAGGACAAGGUACUGACCACUGGUUUCUCCAAGUACAGUGACCGUCAGUACAAGCUCUUUAACGGUGACCUCAGUAUAAUCAAAGAGGAGAACAUCGACACAUCCUCAGGUGUAAUUAUUCCAGUAUACGAUGCCGACCUAAACAUCCUAUAUUUGGGUGGUAAGGGUGAUGGAAACAUCGACUACUACGAGAUCAACGAGACUAAGCCUUUCGUACACAAGCUAUCUAGCUACACCUCAUCCGAACCUCAAAAAGGUUUCGGAUUCCUGCCCAAGCGUGCAUGUGCUAUCAACAAACACGAAAUUGCACGAUUCUACAAAAUGACCUCAAAGAACCUUGUAGAGCCAAUCUCAAUGAUUGUACCACGAAAAAGCGACCAGUUCCAGGAUGAUCUCUAUCCCGAUACAAAGGGAGACACCUCUGCCAUCACUGCCGAGGAUUGGAUUGCUGGAGGUAACGCAGACCCCAUUCUCAUCAGCCUGAAGGAUGGCUUCACCCCAGCUACAAAAGAGUUCGUAGCGCCAGUUAUUGCGCCCAAGCAAGAGGAGUCUAAUGACUCUACGAGUAAAAUAGACUACGAGGCCGAGUUCAAGCGUGUGGAAGCCGAGAAUAAGGCAUUACUGGAAAAGGUCAAGGAAUUAGAGGAGCAACUUAAAAACCAGACUGUCUCCGCUGGUUCUAACUAAGUCACGAGUCUGCUAGGCUUUGGGUACCAGCGACUUGCUAAUGUUCGUUGGGAGAGUCAGAGGGCGAAUCAGUUGGCUAUCAUUGUUUGAUAGACAAACUGUAUAACUAUUAAUAAACAAAAAAAGUCAA